AACUAGAAUAUAUAGCUCUCUUCAACUUUUUUUUACCAAUUAAUAAAAAGUCUACAUAACCCACCUAUAUUCUUCCCUAAUUGUUGGCAUUUUAUCUUAAUUUAUUACUAGCAUUUAAAUAAUAGCUGUCAAGUAUUUUCCAGUCCAACUAACCUCACCUUAUAUAAAAUCUAUCCCUUACACAUUCUAGUGAGACUUGCAAUUCCUAAAGUCUUUUUUCUCCUCUCCAAAUUUUGUGCUACUACAUACAUUUCCUCCCAUGGGUUCCUUAGAACUCCAAACCCACCAACCCGACCUAGAGAAACCCAAACCCGACCUGAACGACGACGAUAUCUCCCCAAUCGAGGAGGUACGUCUAACCGUCACGAACACCGAUGACCCAAACCUACCCGUAUGGACCUUCCGGAUGUGGUUCUUGGGCCUACUUUCUUGUGGGCUACUUUCAUUUCUUAACCAAUUCUUUUCUUAUAGGACUGAACCCCUUAUUAUAACACAAAUCACGGUCCAAGUAGCCACCCUACCCAUUGGUCAUCUAAUGGCUCGUAUCCUACCCCAGACCCAGUUUCAUAUCCCCGGGUUCGGACCCCGGUCAUUUUCACUAAACCCGGGUCCGUUUAACGUGAAAGAACAUGUGUUAAUAACCAUAUUUGCUAAUGCUGGUAGUGCUUUUGGUAAUGGAUCAGCUUAUGCUGUUGGUAUUGUCAAUAUUAUUAAGGCGUUUUAUAAGCGAAAUAUCUCAUUUUUGGCUGCUUGGAUCCUCAUUAUUACCACUCAGGUAUUGGGUUACGGUUGGGCAGGUUUAAUGAGGAAGUACGUAGUGGAGCCUUCUCAUAUGUGGUGGCCAAACACUCUUGUCCAAGUCUCUCUUUUCAGGGCCUUGCAUGAAAAGGAUGACAAAGAUGAAAGGCGCACAUCAAGGGCAAAGUUCUUCCUGAUUGCACUAACAUGCAGCUUCUUGUGGUAUGCAGUCCCAGGUUACUUGUUCUCAACUCUCACAAGCAUAUCAUGGGUCUGCUGGGUCUUCUCCAGAUCUGUUACAGCCCAACAGCUAGGCUCGGGCAUGAAAGGCCUUGGUCUUGGAGCCAUAACACUAGACUGGUCUGCUGUAGCCUCCUUUUUACUAAGCCCCCUCAUAACCCCAUUCUUCGCCAUUGCAAAUGUGUGCGUAGGUUAUGUUCUGAUAAUAUAUAUCUUCAUGCCCAUAGCAUACUGGGGACUGGACUUGUAUAGUGCUCGCAAGUUUCCCAUUUUCUCCUCACAUUUAUUCACAGCUCAAGGUCAAAUAUAUAAUAUAUCAGCAAUAGUCAAUGACCAAUUUGAGCUAGAUCAGACACAAUAUGCAAAGCAAGGACAGAUCCAUAUGAGCACGUUUUUCGCUCUUACUUAUGGCUUUGGCUUCGCAACCAUAGCUGCCACUCUUACUCAUGUGGGUUUCUUCCACGGAAGGGAGAUCUAUGAAAGGUAUCAAGCAUCAUACAAAAGCAAGGAGGAUAUUCACACGAAACUAAUGAAAAACUAUAAAGACAUACCAGCAUGGUGGUUCUACGCUCUUCUUGGGCUGACAAUAACAAUUUCUUUUCUGCUCUCUAUCUUCUUGAAAGACCAAGUUCAAAUUCCUUGGUGGGCUCUCCUCUUUGCUUGUGGCAUUGCAUUCAUAUUCACUCUUCCCAUCAGCAUCAUAACUGCCACAACAAACGUGACACCAGGACUGAACAUAAUAACAGAGUAUGUUAUGGGCCUCAUAUUACCAGGAAAACCAAUUGCCAACGUAUGCUUCAAAGUUUAUGGUUAUAUGAGCAUGUCGCAAGCUGUUUCUUUCCUCAGUGAUUUCAAGCUAGGCCACUACAUGAAGAUCCCACCAAGAUCAAUGUUUUUGGUUCAGUUCAUAGGAACCAUUUUUGCUGGUACCAUCAACAUUUCAGUAGCAUGGUGGUUGCUCAACUCAAUUCACAAUAUAUGCGAGGACAGUCUGCUUCCAGCUGAUAGCCCUUGGACUUGUCCUGGUGACCGUGUAUUUUUUGAUGCUUCUGUCAUAUGGGGCUUGGUUGGUCCUAGGAGAAUUUUUGGAGAUCUUGGAACUUACAAAGCCAUGAACUGGUUCUUUGUAGGAGGGGCAAUAGGACCAAUAAUAGUUUGGCUCUUUCACAAGGCAUUCCCUGAAAAGUCAUGGAUACCACUAAUUAACCUGCCUGUCCUUCUUGGGGCCACAGCCUAUAUGCCACCAGCAACAACGGUAAAUUAUAAUGCCUGGAUCAUAGUUGGAACAAUUUUCAACUUCUUUGUCUUCCGUUACAGAAAGCAUUGGUGGCAGAGAUACAAUUACAUUCUUUCAGCAGCUUUGGAUGCUGGGGUUGCCUUCAUGGGAGUUCUGUUAUAUUUCUCACUAGGUGUGGAAAACAAAAGCUUGAACUGGUGGGGUACAAAUAGUGAGCACUGCAGUUUGGCAACAUGUCCAACAGCUAAGGGCAUGGUGGUUGAUGGAUGCCCUAUUUACUAGUUCUUGUACAUCUAUAGCGUAUUCUAUAUGACUUGUUUGAUAGAUUUUGUUUGACAGAAUUUAGUGUAUUAGCUUGAGAUUGUGAAUACUUAUGACACAAAAAAAGGGGAAAGAACCCAAGUGCAUUAUAAACAUUCACACCUCAAUUUUAGACUUUA